AUGGUCCUCUAUUAUGGAGCUGGGGCUGCAACCGUGUCACUCCUCGUGAUAGGAGGGUACAUGCUGUUUCAUGGCGACGGUGAACAAUUCAAUGUUGGCCACUUCCUCGAGUCCGUUUCACCAUACGCCUGGGCAAAUAUUGGUAUUGCUUUGUGCAUAGGGCUGUCUGUUGUUGGAGCAGCAUGGGGUAUCUUCUUAACAGGCUCAUCCAUUGUCGGCGGAGGUGUAAAAGCACCACGGAUUCGGACAAAGAAUCUGAUCUCUAUCAUUUUCUGUGAAGUCGUCGCUAUCUACGGAGUUAUUAUGGCUAUCGUGUUUUCUUCGAAACUCAAUCUUGUCGAGGGCGACGAGAUCUUUUCCGGCAGCAAUUAUUACACGGGUUAUGCGCUCUUCUGGGGAGGUAUCACAGUGGGGGCAUGCAAUCUGAUCUGUGGUAUCUCUGUUGGCAUCAACGGAAGUGGUGCAGCUCUGGCCGAUGCCGCUGACCCGAGCUUAUUCGUCAAGAUCCUCGUCAUCGAGAUUUUCAGCUCUGUCCUCGGUCUCUUCGGUCUUAUUAUCGGCCUUCUGGUUGGUGGAAAAGCGACAGACUUCGGCGCUUAA